GGGUGGCGGCUGUGAAACUCAAAGGAAGCUAAAGAGUCAAACUGAACGUAAACAGAAAGCAAUAAUCCUCUUCUUUGAAGUAAAGACUCCCCGUUGACGGUACACUGAGGCGGCAGCGAUACGAGCAGGUUGGUGACGUUCAGGUCGGCGGGGCUGGAGGGCUGGAUGCGGUUAUCAAGGAUGCGGUGAAGGAUGUUCCGCAAAGUAAAAAAGCGCCACAGCAGCAGCAGCUCUCAGAGCAGUGAGAUCAGCACCAAAAGUAAGUCUGUGGACUCCAGUUUGGGAGGACUCUCCAGAUCGAGCACCGUCGCCAGCCUCGACACCGACUCCACCAAGAGCUCAGGUAACAGCACGUCUGAGACCUGCGCUGAGUUCAGGGUGAAGUAUGUGGGAGCCAUCGAGAAGUUACAGUUUGACAUGAGCAAGACGCUCCAGGAACCUCUGGACCUCAUCAACUAUAUCGAUGCUGCUCAGCAAGAUGGAAAGCUGCCCUUCGUGCCUGGAGACGAGGAGAUGAUUCUGGGAGUGUCAAAAUACGGAGUCAAAGUGGCCUCACUGGACCAGUGUGAUGUGCUCCACCGCCACCCUCUCUACCUGAUAGUGCGUAUGCUAUGUUACGAUGACGGCCUCGGCGCAGGGAAGAACCUCCUGGCUCUCAAAACCACCGACGCAAAACAACAAGACUGCAGCAUCUGGGUGUACCAGUGCAGCAGCUCAGAGCAGGCUCAGUCCAUCUGCAAGGUGCUGUCGGCUUCUUUUGACUGCGCUCUGACAUCAGACAAGUCCUGAAGCCAGGAGACGGAUAGGAGAGGAGAGAAGUGAAACAACUGCAAAACCAACAAUCAGGAGACCACCACAGCUGCAUUGUGAUUGUCAAAUUAUCUCAACCAUUUCCCUUUUCUUUCAACUUUCCUUUGAUUUUUUUUUUAGAGAUGUUAUCUGGAGGGAAAAUCCUGCGUUUUCUCUGUUAGUUCGCAGGAAAACAUGAUUCAAGCCUUUUGAAUUAAUAGUAAAGUCACUUUGAACCAUCCUUUUCCCGUCACUCUCCAUUUAAGACAGAAUUACUGUGAAUUCGUCUGAAUCAUUUCCGCGGGAUUUGUUUCCUUUACCUCACCCGUUCCUUUGACCUUUCAAAUAAAGUAAAGAGCAAAAUUAAGGAAAGUUCAGAAAAAAAGGGAAAUGGUUGCACUAUUUUUUGAAAAAGUAUUGUAAUACAGUGCACAGAUUUCAACAAUGUAAUGUAAAUUAAUCAUAUUUAAUAUAAAUUAUGGCACAAAAUGGUACAUAAUGUAGUAACCCAUCCUUACCCUGCUAGUGUCAGUAUAUGAUAGUUCAUGGGAGACAUAAAUCAGCGAAGAAACUACACGGUACACUUUUUAUUUUAUUUUUUUGAGACAAACAGUAUUGGUACGAUAGCAGUUGCAGUUUGACUGGCAGGUACAUUACAAAUAUGCUUCAGCUGUGCCCCACAUCCUACGUUUUAUUACCUGUGAGAUUUAGCGGUUUUUAAUGAUUGAUUCCUUGGUACCAAAUGUUUUGUGUGUUUUUGUGGUUUGUUUACUCCUUGUUUUAAUGUUGUGAUUAAAUCUGCAUUCAGUUCAUUAGAUUAUCUCACGCCACUGAAAUCCUAAAAGGCUGUUAGACGCAUUGGAAAGAGUUCAGAGGGAAAAAUGUGUUUACAGUUCUGGUACUAACUUGACUUCACUUUGUACAUAAUUACAGCCCCCUGCCCUUUUUUUUCUGUCCUCUUCACCUUUGUCCUGUUGUGAUUGGGUUGAAAAUGUGUGACAAUCUGGUACAAUAAAGGAGUGGAAGUGUUUUUGAUAA